GAGAAGAGUAAGUGAGCGUCUGACAGCGGCUCACCGAGGCGUUAUUCUCGAGUUAUAAACGUUAGUUAGGUUAAGUUAGUUGAUUUAGACCAUAAAAAAAGUCUCAGCUAUGAACAGAAAAAGGACAUUAAUUCCGGACGCGUUUCGCACGAAGAAACGAAGAUUUGGAGCCGACAACCUCAUCGGAAAUCCGGAACAUGGAGAUGUUCAAGAAGGGCCUCCUGAUGUUAAGGCCACACUGCAAUACCUCAUGACUCUCUUUCCACGCAAAUUGUUUAACGACAGCCUUCCACAAAUUGUCCUCAAACACCAGCUGUACAGUUUACACAGUGACAAAACCUUGGUGGACAAGCAAGUGAAUGAGUUGAGAGAUCAAGGAGAGCUGCUGAUGUUUCAGCUGGGCUUUGACUCCGACACCUUUGCCCUGGUAUUUUCUGUGGACUACAGAGCCAAAGUUCUGGCAGGCGAGGCUGGAAGAGCCACUCUGGGAACUGUGGAGAAGUUUCUUGAUAAAGUACUGCCUGGUUGCUCAGACCUGAGUUUCAGCAAAGACAAAAUGCUGAAGCAGUUCCUUUUCACAGAUUCAGAGAUAACGCAGCUUGUCAAGUCAGGGGUUUUGACUGUGAGAGAUGCUGGCAGCUGGUGGCUGUCUAUUCCAAACUCUGGCCGAUUCACCAAAUACUUCAUUCAGGGACGCAAAGCUGUUCUCAGCAUGGUCAAGAAGUCAAAAUAUAAUGAAAUUUUAAAGACUGAUUUGGAGGAACGUCGCACCACUUCACAAGUUAAACUACACAUGAAGUACCACAUUCAUGAUAUAAUUGGUGCGGAACUGGUAGAAUGCAUACAGACCACAUCAGGGACUUUGUUACGGUUUAUGGACACUUGAUCUUCGGCCCUUGAAGUUUAAAUGCUACAGAACAAAAUGAACUUGGAAGGCUUAUGAGAUUUUUCUCCCCAGCCUUCUGGCAAAGUCUCAGAAAAUCUGCAUCAAAGAAGAGUGCUAGGUUUGUAUAUACCUCACAAGAGUGAUGGACAUGACCAAAACUGGUCUAGCAUUAAUGUGUUCUGAUCAGGCAGCUGCCAAAUAUGUGCAAUUCACCAACCCUAAAGCACGUAGUGUACCAAUGCCAGGAACAUUUAUUUAUGAAAAAUUCAUUCAACUUGCUUUCAAAGAGAAGCAUAUUUAUUUAUUGCCUUAAAUUCAGUGGCAUUUUUUUUUAUUAUUUGCCAACUGCAGUUUUCUGCUGACUGAAAUAAACGUUCCAAUUUCA